AUGUUAGUAUUGAAAAACAUGUUCCUUGACAAAAUAAAACCAACUACAGAAAUAAAUGACGCAAGACUGGAACAUUGGGUAAAAGCUUUCCCAUUCACAAAAGAUAUUAUUGGUUACAUGGAAAGAAAACCAGAAUGGCUACAAAAACAUAUAUUUGGAAACGAGCUUAUUCCAUAUGGACAAGCUCUGUUUGAAGAGCUUGAACCGGAAACUCAGGAAAGAGUCAUGCAAACAAUAAGCGACGACUCAAAUACAAACUAUAACAAAAUCUUUCUAGGAUAUAGGUUACCUGAGAUGGGCGACCAGAGCCCAAAGGCAAAAAGGACAUGGGAAAUUUACAACAUACUAGGUGAACAUGAUGCAAAGAUGCAACAAAACUCAGUCAGGAAGAAAGUAAAGCUUGGUCCGAA